AGCUGCGUCAGGAGCGCGCCCGCGUUUCUGAACUUGGUUUGGGCCAGGCACACGCUUGGCGACGUUGAAGGUUCGUCCGCAGCUAAGGAAACUUUUGCAGCCGGAGGGGUCCCGAAACACACAUGGGGCUGGGUCCGCGCUCUCCACACAAGGUGGGGCGCCGGUUCCCAGCUGGUGGCAAACGGGGGCGCGGGGCCAAGGGGUCGGGGCGCCCCUUACCCGGCAGUAAGCGGCAACCCUGGCCGCCUCCGGAUAGGCGCUCGGAGCCGCCUCCAGAUUUGCACCCGCACCUGAGCCCCGAAGCUCUGGGAUAUUUCCGCCGGGCGCUGUCAGCAUUGAAAGAGGCUCCCGAGACUGGGGAAGAACGAGAUCUGAUGGUGCAUAAUAUUAUGAAGGAAGUAGAGACUCAGGCCCUAGCUUUGUCCACUAACAGGACUGGCAGUGAGAUGCUGCAGGAACUGUUGGGAUUCAGUCCCUUGAAACCGCUUUGUCGCGUAUGGGCUGCUCUGCGCUCCAACUUGCGCACUGUGGCCUGUCACCGAUGCGGGGUCCAUGUAUUGCAAAGUGCUUUGCUACAGCUCCCUCGAUUGCUGGGGAGUGCUGCGGAGGAGGAGGAGGAGCAGGAAGGGGAGGAUGGGAAGGAUGGUCCCACGGAGACCCUGGAGGAGCUGGUCCUGGAACUAGCCGCUGAGGUGUGUGAUGAUUUUCUUUUCUACUGUGGAGACACACAUGGCAGCUUCGUGGUCAGAACUCUGCUUCAGGUGUUAGGAGGGACUAUUCUGGAGUCUGAGAGAGCCAGGCCCCGUGGUUCCCAAUCAUCUGAAGCACAGAAGGCCCCAGCUCGGGAAUGUAAGCCAGCUGAUUUUGAAGUCCCUGAAACCUUUUUAAAUCGCCUUCAGGACUUGACCUCCUCCUUUCUGAAGGACAUUGCAGUGUUUAUCACUGAUAAGAUCUCCAGCUUCUGUCUUCAAGUGGCUUUACAGGUUUUACACCACAAACUUCCCCAGUUUUGCGCUUAUCUCUGCAAUGCUGUGAUUGGCUACCUGAGUACUCGCAGUUCCUCAGUAGAUGGCAGUCCCCUACUGCUAUUUCUCCGAGAUCAGACGAGCUCUAGACUCCUGGAGCAGGUCCUGCUGGUGUUGGAGCCCCCAAGGCUCCAGAGCCUCUUUGAGGAGCACUUGCAGGGGCAGCUGCAGACCCUGGCUGCACAUCCCAUUGCCAACUUCCCUUUGCAGCGCUUACUGGAUGCAGUCACUACCCCUGAGCUGCUGUUCCCUAUGUUUGAGGAGCUGAGCCCUGUCCUGGAAGCUGUAUUGGCCCAGGGCCACCCAGGGGUAGUCAUUGCCCUAGUGGGGGCCUGUCGCAGAGUUGGGGCCUACCAAGCCAAGGUCCUACAGCUCUUGUUGGAGGCAUUCCACUGUGCAGAGCCCUCAUCCCGGCAAGUGGCCUGUGUGCCUCUCUUUGCCACUUUGAUGGCGUAUGAGGUGUACUAUGGACUGAUGGAGGAGGAGGGGGCAGUGCCUGCAGAGCACCAGGUGGAAAUGGCCGCAGCCAGGGCCUUGGGGGACGUGACAGUCCUUGGGUCUCUACUGCUCCAGCAUCUGCUGCACUUCUCCGCUCCUGGUCUUGUACUUCGAAGUCUGGGUGCCUUGACGGGACCACAACUUCUGGUCCUGGCCCAGAGUCCUGCUGGCUCUCAUGUGCUGGAUGCCAUCCUGACCAGCCCUUCUGUGACACGCAAGCAGCGCCGCCGUGUGCUGCAGAACCUAAAGGGACAAUAUGUGGCUCUGGCCUGUAGUCGCCAUGGCAGCCGUGUGCUAGAUGCCAUCUGGAGUGGAGCAGCCUUGGGGGCUCGGAAGGAAAUUGCUGCUGAGCUGGGGGAGCAGAACCAGGAGCUGAUAAGAGACCCUUUCGGCCACCAUGUGGCUAGAAAUGUGGCAUUGACUACCUUCUUAAAGCGACGAGAGGCUUGGGAACAGCAGCAGGGUGCGGUGGCCAAGCGGAGGCGGGCAUUGAACUCCAUACUUGAAGACUGAGGCUUUGGAUCUGGGACUGCGUGUUGAUGGGGGAGGGCAAAAGGGGGUAUCCACCCCAUCCCUUUCCUGGUUUAAAUUGGAGUCAAAAGUCGUAGUGGUAAAUAUUUUAUAUUUUUA